CGCUGUUGGGAACGCGCUUCGAUUUUCUGUGAUUUCGUCCAAACAAUUCGAACGGGCUAAGCUUCUCCAAACUCGAAGCCCAAAUUAAAAUCUCGAAAGCCCGUCGCGACGUGACGGCCCAAACCGGGCACACGGCCGCCGCAGCAGAGAUGGCUGCCGGAGUCAACGCCGAUGGUCCUGAGCCGGCACACCAGCCUCCGCCCCCAGCCCCUGAAAAUGGCGCCGACUCCGAGGACGAGGACUACGUGGGCGACGGCGACAAAGCCCCGGUGGCAUUCUCAGCGGUGGCCGGCGACGGGAGCCACCUGGAGCUGUUCGCUGGGAGCAUGUGCGCGGCGCGAGGCGAAGGGAGAGCUCCGGCGUGCUGCGGGGCACCGGCCGCGGUGUUAUACGGCCUCGAGCUCGGGGCAGCCCGCCGCCCGGUAACCUCCACCAUCCUGAUUGAAGAGCACAACGAGGAAAAAUGGCCGGAAAAUUUGACGGCGUUGGCGUAACCGACUAGCUCCUCUGCCUGUGGAAGCAUUUGAGCCUCCCGCAGAGCAUCACCAGGACAAGAACCACCUUCCCCUGGUCGCUCCACCACCCGGAGAAGCUGUACGGCAUGUCCUGGCAGACGCUCUGCUUCUCCGGGUGCGGCAGCCUCGCGCAACUGUAACCGGUGGACAGCCCUACGUUCCUGUACGCACUGCACGCGUGGAAAUCGAUUCAGUCACAACACAAGCAGUUCC